AUGCAAAAAUAUCUGAAACAAACAAAUGCAAAAGAAUCCCAAAGGAAUGUUAUAAUAUCUAAAUCAAAUGCAAAAUUAUUACCUGAAACAAAUGUAAAAACAUCUGAAACAAAUACAAAAAUACCUGUCAAGAAUUUAAACAAAGUGACCGACAGUGCAGUUUUGAAUAGUGUGCUUAAGAAACACUUCAGCUUUAACCAGCUUUGCAACCAUCCAUAUUUAGACCCUUAUGAUCCCACCGUUAUGAAGUUCUAUCGUGACGUAGGUAUCCUGAAAUGUGACGAAACCCAGAACUGGAUAAAAAUCGACAAUGGAACAUUCUGGAUAACGGAAAAGGCCAAAGCUAGACAUGGUAACAUUUCUUGUCAAUAUUUUCCAAUCUACCGGAAGGACGAAGAUAAUUUUAUGGUGGGUAACAAGCAGACGUUUGGUGAGGGUGUUAUAAGAGCACCGACUGAUAUUGUCAAAAUAACUUGUCACUCGGAGGUUUCGGGUUCCAAUUACUCCAACAUCCAUAUAACUGUCGCUUAUAAUAAAACAGUAUACGACAGAAUAAACAAAGCCUCUUAUGGCGAACUUUACAUGCCUCUAAAUGUGUUGAUGUAUGCAUUUGAUUCUGUGUCUAGAAAUACGUGGUUAAGAGUAUUGCCAAAAACUCACAAGUAUUUCACGGAAAAGUUAGGGGGUAUUGUUCUCAAGGGUUACAAUAUUGUGGGGGACGGGACACCUCAAGCUCUGCUACCUAUUUUGACGGGAAAAGCAGAAGUCGAACUACCGGAAGCACGCCGUGGUAAACGCGGAGCAAAAGUUGUCGAUGGCCAUCCCUGGAUUUGGAAGGAAUUGAAAAAGACUGGAUAUAUGACACAAUACGGGGAAGAUAUGCAUUGGAUCGGAGCGUUCAAUUACAGAAUGCUUGGGUUUGACAAACAGCCUGUUGAUCAUUACUGGCGACCAUAUUCUCAGGCAACGAGAGCAAUAGAAAAAUACAGUAAACCUUUUUGUUUGGGAUCUGAGGCCAGACACAAAAUUAUGAUGGACUGGGUCAAAGAUGGAUUUCAAAUGUAUCGAAAUCGAUUGAAAUUUAUUUUUGCAUUCCAUGGCGAAUAUAGUCAUGAAGAUACAAGCAGACUAAAGUGGACAGACGAUGAUUUGCUGGGAAUGCUUAAAUAUCUGGAGAACAAAAACUAUCUGAACAACACUGUGUUGAUUCUAAUGAGCGAUCAUGGUGCUCGAUUUCACGCAGUCAGGGAGAGCAUCCAGGGAAAGUACGAAGAAAGGAUGCCUUAUUUUGCUUUUCGAUUUCCAGAGUGGUUUUCUAAGAAAUAUCCGUCUGAAUUUAAAGCAUUCAAAGAAAAUACUGAUAGAUUAACAACACCGUUUGAUAUACAUGAAACAUUCCUUGAUAUGAUGAAAUUUGAGAAUAAAGUUCUUAAAACAGAGAAACUGCCGAGAGGAAUGAGUCUUUUCAGACCAAUACCAGUAUAUCGUACAUGUAGCGAUGCAGAUAUAGCACCUCAUUGGUGCGCAUGCUUAGGGUGGAACGUCACUUCCUCAGAUGAUCUCAUUACUCAGAAAGCAGCAAAAUCAAUUGUGAAAUUUAUGAACAACUUGACUGCAAAUUUUAGAUCAAAAUGCCACGAAUUGUCAUUGAAAUCUAUCAAAAAUGCUAUGGUUUUACAAUCAAAUCCACACAUAGCGCGUUAUUUGGGUAGUGUUGACACCGAUGGAAGAGUUCCAAAGAUCGAAUCGAAAGAUGCCAUAGACAAAAGUGCUUUGUAUCAAAUCACAUUACAAACAACACCUGGUGAUGGUAUUUUUGAAACUACCGUGAAGUAUAAUGCUCAAGGUGACAAUUUUAUUCUAAGUGCUCAAGAAAUUAGUCGAAUCAACAAGUAUGGGAAUACUUCAGCUUGUAUACAGAAGGAAAUGCCGCAUUUAGAACGUUACUGUUCUUGUAAGAUUGUGUGACAGUAUGGCGUAUAUCAGGUUAACGUUUAGCGUUGAAUGUUCAGCAACGUCAUCCAUCAAAGUAUCCAUAUUUCUUUUGCUGUAAAUCUCGAUAUAUAUGUAUUGGGUCACACAUCCUGGAUGAAAGUUUGAUUAAAGAUUAAAACUUUUU